AGAGAAUAUUGGUCCGUGCAUAUGCAUAUUCACGCCUUAGCUUGUGCCAGCUGGGUUGCUUCACAAAAGAUUCCAACGCCCAUGGCCGGUACGACCUCGCUCGCUUCCCCCGCCCCGACGAUCGCGGUCGCCGAGGUCCGCCAUGGCAGCGUCACCAAGAAGAUCGCGGUCUACGAGAAGAUGCGCCCGAGCGAGCUCAACCUGAUGCUGCAUGCGGCCUUCUUUGCGCAAGGGGCGCCCGAGUGGACGACGGACGCCGUCGGCUUUGUGCAUGCCAAGACCAAGACCUUUAUUCCACUUGCGCUUGGCACGGCCUUUCCGACGCUCUUCCAGCCCAACCACACGUACGAGCUCGUGCUGGCCAAGGCGGCAACGACGACGCCGGCGCCAGUCGUGCCGCCCUCGUCGCGCCCAUGGACCGAGCAGCUCUAUGCGCUGCUGUCGCAAUGGAGUGCCACGUCGCCGUCGGCGCUGAGUCCCGACCAGCUGAAUCGCCUCGAGCUUCUCAUCGGCCAAGGCCACCCCGUGCUGCGACAGGCAUUUGCCACGUACGAAGCCGACAAGUCGCUCGACGGCCUGUACGCGGCCGUGCACCGCGUCUUGGGCGUUGUCUUGCAGCAGCAAAAGUCGUCGUUCACGCGCGUCGUCAACACCCUCUCGGUGCUCAAGCCCCACGACAUUGCACUCAUCCACGAGCUGUACACCCAAGGCAACGAGCUCGUGCUUGCUGCAUGGGAGGUCUACGAGCUCGACGAAGACCGCAUGGAGUUUGCCGACACGCUCCUGCGUAUCGUGCGCUUCAAGUCGCCGGCGGUCGCGUCGCCCUCGACAGCGUCGCCCAGCGUCCUUGUCACUGCUCUCUCGAUGGAAGACGUGCUCAAAGAAAUGCAGUCGCGCAGCGCCCUCACGAGCCUCCAGUACCAGGGACUACUCCGGCUCUGGCGCGCCAAGAACGACGCCAUGGUCGGUGCCAUGGAAGCCUUCCAGGUCGACCACGAUCUCAAGGAGCUCGUCGAGACGCUCCUCCUCGUCGUCAAGCACGCUGGCUUGACCAAGCAAAAGCCGACGCCAAUUAGUGUGCCCCGCAUCGACCUCGACGAGCUGCACCCGCUCUCGCCGAAAGCGCAAGACGUACGCUCGCCGCCGUCGUACGGGACGUUUGUGCCGGGGUCCGCGCCGUCAACACCCGUGCAAGGCGCGGCGCGGACGUCGUCGUCGCUGUCGGCACGGUCGACGCCAUCGGCCAAGCCCGUCGCCAAGGCCGCGCCAGCGUCCAACCUCUCCAAAGCCAAGCCCAACCCAAAGGCCAAGCCAGCUCUGCACGUAGCAACGUCGUUGCCGGAUGAUGUCGGAAGCCCAGCGAACCUGAUCUUGUCACCGUCGCACUACCCGCCAAAUUCGACCGAGCUGUACAUUGCACAGCUUUUGGAGCGCCUCGUGGCGUCGUCGGACCUUAGCGCGGGCCAGCAAAUGGCGCUCAAGACGCUCAUCAAGAAGCAAGAUGCGCGCUUGUUUGCGGCGGCAACGUCGUUCCAGCACGAUGGGGACAAGGCAGCGCUGCUCCCACUGCUGCACGACCUCUGCGGCGUCUUGAACUGGGAAGCCAACCACCAAAGCAUCCUCUACACAUGGAUCGUGCCGCUCGAGCAAGACGGGCGUGGCGCUGGUCUUCGCGACCUCUGGGACGCCAACGACCCGCGGCUCAUGGCAGCCUACUUUCUCUUCCUUCAGGACCGCAACGAAGACGACUUUACCGACACGCUGCUUCGGCUGGCGACGAGUACCCCACCGGCAUCCGACUUGGAGGUGGCCAAGGACGCCCUCGAUGACCUCGUGACCGCCGGACGUCUCAGCCAAGACGUCGAAGCGCACUUGGCGCCCGAGGACCCGCGCGUCCUCGCUGCCCUCGACGUAUACGCCGACAGCCUCGACAUUCCCGACUUGGUGGACACGCUCGAGCGCAUUGCGUCGCCGUCGACGGUCGCCAGCCCGCUCUCGAGUCCACGCGCACAUGAUGAGGACACGAGUCGUGUCGAUAUGUCGGUGAUGGAGAAGCAGAUUCUGCACCUUGUCUACGAGCUCGACUUGCCGGACGACGAGCUGCUCGCGCUGAAAACUGCGCUCGUUGAGAAUGACGUUGUCGUCCAAGCCGCGAUCCAAGUGUUUGAAACCGAGAAGGACGAAGAAGACUUCAAGGACACGCUCCGGCGCGUCGCUCGGCACCGCGCGAGUGCGUCCGAAGCCGUGCCUGAUGCCGAGACCGAGGCAUAGGACACGCUAGCGUUGGUGUCGGUAACCCCGCAUGAAGAAGCACUGUUGUACGAGUCGCCA